GAAUUUUGACAUUGCACAUGCAUGUGAAAUAAUAUCAGUUAUUUUCGACACAAUAUAUGACUAUGUCAUCAUGUGGAUUGUUAUUUAACUUUAUAAAUAGGACCGGAUUGUAUAAAAGUAGCUGUCUCACAUUUUCUCGAUCUUUAUUCAUUUGUGAAAACGGAAAUGCAAGAAUACAGAGAAGAAAUCUGUGCCUUUCGAUGUGUUCAAAACAACAGAAUGAGAGUAUGGAAUCACAUCAGAAAGAAACCUUCCUGAUAGCGGGACUUGGCAACCCCGACAUGCCAAAGACGAGACACAAUGUUGGUAUGAUGCUGAUUUCACGCCUUGUCAGACUGACGGGGACAGCGAUGGCGAGGAAUAAAGGAUGUCAGGGACUAGUGGGCGUGGCAGAUCUCUCGAAUGUACGCCUGGUGCUCCUCACGCCCAAAAUUGCCAUGAACUUGAAUGGGAGGAGUGUUGCAAAGACAGCCAAAGCACACAAUGUCCCAGCCGCCCACAUAUACAUUGCCCACGAUGACCUCGACUUACACCAGGGAAAGGUCAAGAUAAAGGAGAGGGGAAGUGCCAAUGGUCAUAAUGGUUUGCGGUCAGUCAUAAGUUCCCUACAAACAGAUGACUUUCAUCGGCUUCGAAUAGGCAUUGACCGUCCUCGAUUAGAAAGCAUGGUCGGUGACUAUGUUCUUGAGACGUUUUCUAAAAGCGAGAUGGGACUGAUAAGCCCCGCCUUAGAUGCAGGGAUCCAGGCCCUGGGACAUCAUAUAGGGAAGAAAAUAGGAGUUCCUGCUGCCAAUGUGUUUAGAUAACGGGGGGACAGACUUUUAAUAAUAUUUUAUCAUUAUAAAUAUUACAGUACAUGUAAGUUAGUUAUGUUUAGAAGGAUGAAUUGUUUGUUUCUAUUAAAAUUAUGUUGAAAUCAGGUUCUGCUUUGGUUUAAAUAAUAUUU